AUGAUAAUGAAAGUUGUUGUUGUCUGUAAUUUCACAUUUAUUGUAAAAUCAUUAGAGCAACAACUUGAAAAUUUGUUAAACUUUUAUCUUAAUUUCGUGCUUCUCCUUUCGCAUCAUUGUAACUUUGAUUUUAUCACCAUGGAUGACGCUAUUCGACUGUGUAUUUCUACUCUGGAAUGGAAUGCUAGUUGGGAAAAAGAACAUGUUUCUAUUGGUUGCCUGAUCAAGAAAUGGAAUGAACUAACGGGAUGUCUUUUUCCAAAUCAGGAUAAAGGUUUCGAGGAGGUUAAAAGUUAUCUGGACGAAAUCGAGGGAGUUGAAGUUUAUGAAAAUUUCUAUGUUAGACUUAUGUGUCCAUCUUAUGGCCGCGGAAUUAUUUAUCCUGAAGGUACCGUUAAACCUUAAUUAUUAAUUUAAUUGGUCGAAAAUUAAAGUUUAAACUUUAAAUUGAAAUAAUCAUUCCUUUUUAUUUUUAGUUGAAUUGAAAUUUAUCGGAUUGACUUAUAUUGUAAUUAUGGUGAUGAUGAUGAUGAUGAUGAUAAUGAUGAUGAUGAUAAUGUUUAUCAAAAUUUGAAUAAAAUGACUGGUUUUUUAUCGGUUACUUUUGUUGAAUCUUGUUCGGUUUCAAGAUUAUCUAGAGCUAAUUCUUCUUGGUGAUCGUUUGUGUCAUUAGUUGAUGUUAUAGUUGGGGGACGAAGAUAGAGAGCUCUGAUUGUUGGAUAGAUGUAACGAUAAAUGAGGAAAGUGAUGAUAGACAAAAUAAUGAUGAUGGAGAUAAUUAACGAUGUUAAAUAGGUAGGAUUAUCACUCAAAAUAACACUGAAUGUUUCAUUUUUGAAUUCGAGUUUUUCGAGGAGUUGAGUGUGUACUUGGCCGGCUGAAAAGAAGUGAUUUAUAGCAUCCAAGUCAGAUUGUUGAAAACCAGCCUUGUACUUGAAAUGAAGUUUAAAGAACUCGUGGGUUUCACCGUCGAUAACAAGUUUAACAUCUUUUGGGAAGGAAAAGACCCAAUUAGGACA